UUUAUUGAAAAUUUUUCAAGUUUAUUAACUUAAAGGUGUCGAAAUUAUUUGUUUUAUUUUUAAUUGAAAGCACCUCCAAUAUUCCAAAAUGGGUUGGGAUUAUAACCGUUCGAUGUUCGAAAAGAAUAAACUUAGACAGAAACAACUCAGUUUAAUCGAUAAUCGUCCAAAUAAAGUCAGAGUAGCGGCAGUACUUAAUUCUAAAAAGUUGCGUGUAGACGUUGAGAGAGCAAAUGAUAUACGUCGUGAGAAUACGAAAAUGGUGCAACGGAUACUUUCGGCACCAACGUAUGUAGAAGCUUUUAACCCCCGUAAAGAUGCAAGAUUUUCAAAGACUCAUCUAAAGCACUCGUAUAUGAAAUUGCGCGAAAUUGAGCAUGAAAACUAUAAACUUGGUUGUAGAUUAUUGAAAGCUAAAUCAUCUGCCGAAAUAAGAUCAACCUUGGUUAACAUUGAACGUUUCAAUUCAAAAAAAAAGGAAAUAAUACCAAAUGUACAUAACGACAUCAUUACUAAAUACAGAUCCUUUAUUUGGCCAUAUGAUGAAACAUUGUUGAAAAAAUUGUUACGUCCAAACAUUUUCUUCGAUCUAUACAUGCAGAAUGUACGACCAAUUGGACGUAUAGUUAUAGAACUUUUUACUGAAGCUUGUCCUGAAAUUGUAUUGCAGUUUGUUCGUAUGUGUACAUAUAAUUCAUUUGAACAGAUAAGCUUUCUGCGUACAUUUCCACACCUUUGGUUUGAAGCUGAAAUAAAAUCGAAUAACGACAUUUUAUCCAAACCAGGUUAUAUGCAUCAAAAGUAUUGCAUUAAUCAUGGAGUUGGACCUGGUGUUUUAUCUUUUGCUAAAUGUUUUUUGGAUGGGUUUCCACCUGGAUUUAUAAAUUUUACGAUUAGUUUUAAACCGUUGAAAGUUUUAAAUGGCUACCGCGUACCUUUUGGUUUGGUUAAAAAAGGUUUGAGAUUUUUGGAUGUCAUUAAGGAAAUAGGUUCCAAAAAUGGAGUUAUGAAAAAAAAUAUCAUUGUUACUAAAUGUGGAUACAUUUAAAAUUAUUGCGAUU